CUUUUCUACAACGGCCAGCAGAAGAAGACCAAGCAACAAGAAGACGUCCUUUCUCCUCUGCUUGUUUGUUUGCUUGUUUGUUUGCUUGAGGUCUCAACCAUCACACCAUCGUCGACACCUACAUCUGCAUCGCAUAGCUUCGCCCCGUUUCGAUCAUCAACAUCAUGGUGUUCUCACCAAAGGCCAAGCAAGUGAGCUUGGCAGCCAGCGCGGCGUUACUGCCCAACAACCUCAGUGCUCUUCACACACGUGACUACACCGCCUUUUACUACAUUCACAACGCUGCCGUGUGGCAAACUGUGCUUGUGGGCGACAAGGAGGAACACAAGCUCAUGUGUAUGUUGGACGAGCUUGCCGCUGUACAACAGGCCGUGGUCGUUUCCUGUGCAGGGACAGCGCUGGAUGAGGACGUGCUGGUGGUGGCCGGCCUCGGGUGUAUCCGAUUUCAAACCCUAACGGGACAGGAGCUGGCUGUGUUUCAACCAGACGCCUCGGACUCCGGGGCUGAUGAUCCAAUGUGGUUCCGUGGCAUUGCGCACACUGCGCGGGAGAUUUUGGUGGGCACGUCGGAGGGGCAGGUGCUCGUGUUCGACAUGAAGACCUUUCAGCUCGAUCGGCAGCAGGAUGCAGCCAAGAGCCCCAUCACCACCAUCGCUGCCACCAACAAUCUGGUUGCUGUUGCUGAGGAGAGCGGGUGCAUUUCGCUGUGGGGACCUGACAUGUCUUUCCACCGCCAUCUCAUUGGAGACCCCACAGACAUCCCUUGCAACUCCAUGCGCAUUGCGAGUUCGCGGCUUUACUGCGGCAUGGAAGAUGGAACACUUCGCAUCUUCUGCUUUGACACAUUUACGCUGCUGGCCACCGUGCAUGCGCACGGCCGCGGCGUGACUGCGGUUGACGUCAGCCCAGAUGGGCACUUUGUGACGAGCACCGGGCUCGACUGCAAGGCGCAGGUGUGGCGCAUUGGCCUGCCCAAGACAGCAGACACCCCGAUCCGUGUUGACCUCGCCUUCACUGCAACGAUCAAGGACCGGAUGCUGGUUGGCGUUGCGUUUCUUGGAGACAAGAAGCUUGCCGUCUCCUGCUUUGACUCGUACAAACUCGUCGUCUUCACCAAGUUAUAGCACCACACACACACACACUCACACAACACACAACACACACACACACACAAAACACACAACACCAUCACCAAGCAAGAUAAUUUGUUGGUGAUAUUACAAAUCUUCAUAACUUC